AUGUUUAGUAGGUGUCUAAUAGAAACAGCUCCUGAAUCAAUUAUCGCGGAACUUGAGCAGAAACGAGUUAAAAACUCAUGCGGCGUUUUCGAGCUACCGAAUGGUCGAAAAUUCUAUUACAAGCGGGUUUCUGUAGAAAAUGAUCAUGUACUAAACGAGAUCGCCAUUUUGCAACGGUUAUCUAGUGAUUACGUGCAGGCACUUAAAUGGACGUGGUUAAAUGGAAAUCGGCUGUACAUGUUCUUCGACUGGGUUGACCUGAAUUUGCAGGAGGUUCUUGACCAGCAGGCACGCAUGAGUAUCGAAGAAAGUAGGCGCAUAUUCACAGAGUUGCUUCGGGCCCUCGUUUAUCUAGAAGAGAGUGACAUCGUCCAUCGAAAUAUUAAGCCGGCGUCUCUUUUGAUAUCAUCCACGGGACUUAUCAAGCUCUCGAACUUCAGCGUUGCUGUGAAACUUUACGGUAGUCGGUAUAUUCUAGCUCCCGCGGCAGGAUGCUAUCUAACAAUUCCUCCGGAGGCAGACGAAGAAAUCGUCUCCCCGGCUUGGGAUAUGUGGUCGUCCGCUGUCGUUCUCUCUGUUAUGUUGACAGGACAAUAUCCCUUUCAGCCAGGAGAGUCAAGCUACCCGAUGCGCGAGGCCGUGUGUGCACUAUUUGGUCAAAUCAAAGAUCGUGCGUUUCGUCUGGACAACAUUGGGUUACAGAGCGGUCAUGCGUCGAUCCUAUUAGAGCGUAUUUUCAAUUCAAAUUGGGAAGAUCGGCCCUGCGCUAGGGACCUUCUUCGAUUUGGUUUUGUCGACCCUCUAACGGUGGGAUCACCGAUAAUUUCGUUCGUGCUGAAAAAGAUUAUCCCGUACCGUCUGAACGGACGAAAUAAAAUUAUUCGUGCACCAGUUUGUUUUGCGUGUGUUGUACAGCGAGUGAAGGAUGUACUAAAAACUAAUACGGGUACCAGCACGGAGAAAGAGACUUCAAUUGUGUCAGUUCCAUCCCCCGAUUCAACCUGUGAAAAGCAUCAUCAAAAAGCACCGCUAUGGGUUGUUCACUGGGCAGAUUUCACGCACCAAUUUGGCUUUUGUGUUGCGUUCAGCAACGGGUGUUCGUCUAUCUUAUACAAUGAUAUGUCGACCGUGUAUAGUGAUAUCGAUGGAACGACGCACUAUUUUGAGAACGAUGGCGUCGGCUUGCGAUUCUCGCUGCGUAGAGCACCGCCAGCUCUAAAAAAUAAAAUCGCAUAUUUGCAGUGGUGGAGAAAAGAAACUUGUGGAAAGGCGUCGAAUACAUCGGCUCAAACGAGUGGCCUGAGAAACUGGUGGCGCACGGAAGCCGGAAUGGCAUUGACAUUCGAUGGCGUCCUACAAUUUGACUUUAUCGAUGGCACGAGCCUGUCGGAGAGAGGACGCACGGUGCACGCCAAUAACAACGUUUUACACCAUGAACAGCUGAAGAUGGAAAAACGGGUUUGA